AUGGCCGCCUUCGCCCGCAUGGUGAAGGGCCAGGUGCGUCACUACUCCGCGCCCUUGGACAUGGCCAUUCCCGCCUCCAAGCAAAAGUACAUCCCUUCCUCCGGCUCCUAUCCCAAGGGCUUCUUCGUCUCCGGAACCCACGUCGGCGUGAAAGCCUCCAACACCAAGUUCCCCGACCUGGCCCUGAUCUCCUCCGAGACUCCAUGCUCCGCGGCCGCGGUCUUCACCACCAACAAGUUCCAGGCCGCCCCCGUGCAAGUGAGCAAAAACACCCUGAGCUCCACUCAGGGCCAUGGCAUUCGGUCUGUGGUCAUCAACUCCGGCUGCGCCAACGCCGUGACAGGCAAAGGCGGCCUCGAGGAUGCUGUGAGCAUGGGCUCAAAAGUGGACGAAUGCAACGGCCUCACCCAACCCGGCACUCUGGUUAUGAGCACCGGCGUCAUCGGUCAACGCCUUCCCAUCUCUAAGAUCUUGGACAAGAUCCCAACCGCCCACUCUACUCUCUCCUCCACCCACGAUGCGUGGCUUACCACUGCCCGCGCCAUCUGCACAACCGAUACUUUCCCCAAGCUCCUCUCCCAAACCUUCACCCUCCCUUCCUCCCCCGGCCGUACCUACAACCUCGCCGGUAUGACCAAAGGAGCCGGUAUGAUCCACCCGAACAUGGCCACCCUCCUGGGCGUCCUCUGCACCGACGCACCCAUUGAGCCCUCCGCCCUGCAAUCCCUCCUCAAGCACGCUGUUUCCCGGUCCUUCAACUCCAUCUCCGUCGACGGUGACACUAGCACCAACGACACCAUCGCCAUCCUCGCCAACGGUGCCGCAGGCGGCUUCCCCAUCAGCUCUACCUCCUCGGACGACUACGCCACCAUGCAGAACGUCCUGACCUCCUUCGCUCAGUCUCUCUCCCAGCUCGUCGUCCGCGACGGCGAAGGCGCCACCAAGUUCGUUACCGUCCGUGUGCAGAACUCCCCCGACUACGAAUCCGCUCGCCUGAUCGCCUCGACCAUUGCUCGGUCUCCUCUCGUCAAGACGGCUCUGUACGGCCGUGACGCGAACUGGGGUCGCAUCCUUUGUGCGAUCGGAUAUACUCAGGGAGUUGCGCCUGGCGCUGUUGUGCCGGAGCGGACUAGCGUCAGCUUCAAGCCUGUGGAUGGCAGCGCCACCCUGAAGCUGCUGGUGAACGGCGAGCCCGAGCAGGUCGAUGAGGAUCGGGCGGCUGUUAUUCUUCAAAAAGAGGAUCUCGAGAUCGUCGUUGACCUUGGUGGUGGUGAGAAAGGUGAGCAGGGUCUUGGUGGUGAGGAGGCUGUCUACUGGUUCUGUGACUUCAGUCACGAGUAUGUGACUAUCAACGGUGAUUACCGGACCUAA